GCGCGGAGCCCGGCGAUGCGGCGCGGCGCGGCCUGGGCGCUGCUGCUGGCCUGGGCCCUGGCGCUCGGGGCGCGCGGGGCGCGGGGCGCCGUGGCCCUGGCCGACUUCUACCCGUUCGGCCCGGAGCGCGGCGACGCCCUCACCCCGAAGCAGGACGACGGCGGCUCGGGGCUGCGGCCGCUCUCCGUGCCCUUCCCGUUCUUCGGCGCCGAGCACCCCGGACUCUACGUGAACAAUAACGGGGUCAUCUCCUUUCUGAAGGAGGUCUCUCAGUUCACCCCCGUGGCCUUCCCCAUUGCCAAGGACCGCUGUGUGGUGGCAGCCUUCUGGGCAGAUGUGGACAACAGGCGAGCAGGCGAUGUCUACUACCGGGAGGCCACGGACCCGGCCACACUGCGCAGAGCCACGGAAGACAUCAGACACUACUUCCCCGAGCUCCUGGACUUCUCUGCAACCUGGGUGUUUGUGGCCACGUGGUACCGAGUGACCUUUUUUGGAGGCAGUGCCUCCUCCCCGGUCAACACUUUCCAAACUGUGCUCAUCACUGACGGCAAGUUCUCCUUCACCAUCUUCAACUACGAGUCCAUAUCCUGGACCACCGGCACCCACGCCAGCAGCGGGGGUGAUGCCGCCGGCCUGGGGGGCAUUGCAGCCCAGGCAGGCUUCAACGCGGGCGACGGGCAGCGCUACUUCAACAUCCCCGGCUCGCGCACCGUGGACAUGGCCCACGUGGAGAGCACCACCAACGUGGGCGUGCCGGGGCGCUGGGCGUUCAGAAUCGAUGAUGCCCAGGUGCGCGUGGGGGGCUGCGGCCAUACAACCUCCGUGUGCCUGGCCCUGCGCCCAUGCCUCAAUGGCGGCAAGUGCAUCGAUGACUGCAUCACAGGCAACCCCUCCUACACCUGCUCCUGUCUCGCUGGCUUCACGGGGCGGAGGUGCCACCUGGAUGUGAACGAGUGUACCUCCCACCCGUGUCAGAAUGGCGGGAUCUGCACCCAUGGGAUCAACAGCUUCAGCUGUCAGUGCCCAGAGGGCUUCCAGGGGCCCACCUGUGAGUCAGCCCGGUCCCCGUGCGACGAUAAGGUGUGUCAAAAUGGCGGCCAGUGCCAGGCAGACAGCAGCUCUGCGGUGUGUGUGUGCCGGGCGGGGUACACCGGAGCCGCCUGUGAGACAGAUGUGGAUGAGUGCGGCUCUGACCCGUGCCUGAACGGAGGCUCCUGCGUGGACCUGGUGGGGAACUACACCUGCGUGUGUGCAGAGCCCUUCGAGGGGCCUCGCUGUGAGACAGGAAACGCCCCCACGCCCGAGGCCUGCCUCUCGGCCCCCUGUCAGAACGGGGGAACCUGUGUGGAUGCGGACCGGGGCUACGUGUGCGAAUGCCCCGAGGGCUUCAUGGGCCUGGACUGCAGAGAGCGAACCCCGAAUGACUGUGAAUGCCGGAACGGAGGCCGGUGCCUAGGCACCAACGUCACCCUCUGCCAGUGCCCCCCUGGGUUCUUUGGGCUCCUGUGUGAAUUUGAAGUCACAGCCAUGCCCUGCAGCAUGAACACCCAGUGUCCGGACGGAGGCCACUGCAUGGAGUACGGAGGGAGCUACCUGUGCGUCUGCCACACCGACCACAGCGCCAGCCACUCCCCGCCAUCGCCCUGCGACUCCGACCCCUGCUUCAACGGAGGCUCCUGCGCCGCCCACGAGGACUCCUACACCUGCGAGUGCCCGCGCGGCUUCCACGGCCGGCACUGCGAGAAAGCCCGGCCACACCUGUGCAACUCUGGGCCUUGCCGGAACGGGGGCACGUGCAAAGAAAUAGGCAGCGAGUACCACUGCACCUGCCCAUACCGCUUCACCGGGAGGCACUGCGAAAUCGGGAAGCCAGACUCCUGUGCCUCCGGCCCUUGCCACAAUGGUGGCACUUGCUUCCACUACAUUGGCAAAUACAAGUGUGACUGCCCUCCGGGCUUCUCUGGAAGGCACUGUGAGAUCGCCCCCUCCCCCUGCUUCCGGAGCCCAUGCAUGAACAGGGGCACCUGUGAGGAUCUGGGCAUGGAUUUCUCUUGCCACUGUCCUCCAGGGUUCACAGGACACAGGUGCCAGACAGAGGUGGACUGCGGACGCCCCGAGGAGGUGCAGCAUGCCACGGUGCGCUUCAAUGGGACUCGCGUGGGCUCCGUGGCCCUGUAUACAUGUGACCGUGGCUACAGCCUGAAUGCCCCCAGCCACGCCCAUGUCUGCCAGCCCCAGGGCGUCUGGAGCCAGCCUCCCCAGUGCCUCGAAGUAGAUGAGUGCCGUUCUCAGCCAUGCUUGCACGGGGGCUCCUGCCAGGACCACACCGCUGGGUACCUGUGCCUCUGCGGCCCUGGGUACGAAGGAGCCCACUGCGAGCUGGAGACAGAUGAAUGUCGCUCACAGCCCUGCAAGCAUGGAGGUGUGUGCAGAGACCUCCCUGGGGCCUUCUUCUGCCAGUGCCCUGUGGGCUUUUCUGGAAACCACUGUGAGACAGAGGUGGACUCCUGCCACUCCAGCCCCUGCCAGCAUGGAGGCCGGUGCCAGGAAGGCGGCGGGGCCUACCUGUGUGUCUGUCCAGAGGGCUUCUUUGGCUACCACUGUGAGACAGUGAGUGACCCCUGCGUCUCCAGCCCCUGUGGGGGCCAUGGCUACUGCCUGGCCAGCAACGGGUCCCACAGCUGCACCUGCAAAGUGGGCUACACGGGCAAGGACUGCACUAAAGAGCUCCUCCCACCAACAGCCCUCAGGGUGGAGAGAGUGGAGGAGAGCGGGGUCUCCAUCUCCUGGAGCCCACCCGAAGGCUCCGCCGCCAGGCAGGUGCUGGAUGGCUACGCGGUCACCUACGCCUCGGCGGACGGCUCCUUCCGCCGCACGGACUUCGUGGACCGCAGCCGCUCCUCGCACCAGCUGCGGGCCCUGGCGGCCGGCCGGGCCUACAACAUCUCCAUCUUCUCCGUCAAGCGCAACACCAACAACAAGAAUGACAUCAGCAGGCCUGCUGUGCUGCUGGCCCGCACACGACCCCGCCCUAUUGAGGACUUCGAGGUGACCAACGUGACAGCCAAUGCGAUUUCCGUGAGGUGGGCCCUGCACAGGAUCCACCACGCCACUGUCAGCCGAGUGCGCGUGUCCAUCCUCCAUCCAGAGGCCCCCGAGCCCCAGGCCACUGAGGUGGACAAGGGCGUGGACCAGCUCACGUUCGGGGACCUGCUGCCAGGAAGAAGGUACACCGUGCGGAUGACGGCCCUCAGUGGGCCUGGAGGAGCAGAGCGUCCCACCGAGAGCCUGGCGUCAGGACCCUUGCACGUGUGGACCCGGCCACUGCCUCCCGCAAACCUGACUGCCUCCCGAGUCACGGCCACCUCUGCUCACGUGGUCUGGGACGCGCCUGCUCCAGGCGCCUCGCUGGAGGCUUAUGUCAUCAACGUGACCACCAGCCAGAGCACCAAGAGCCGCUACGUCCCCAACGGGAAGCUGGGGUCCUACACCGUGCGGGACCUGCUGCCGGGACGGCGGCACCGGCUCUCGGUGACCACCGUGCAGAGCGCCGAGCGGGGCCAGCUGCACAGCGAGCCCGCGCACCUCUACAUCAUCACCUCCCCCAGGGAUGGUGCUGACAGACGCUGGCACCAGGGCGGACACCACCCGCGGGUGCUCAGAAAUAGACCACCCCCUGCACGCCUGCCAGAGCUGCGCCUGCUCAGUGACCACAGUGUCCCCGAGAUGCCCACCCAGCCACCCAGAUUCUCGGAGCUGGUGGACGGAAGAGGAAGAGUGAGCGCUAGGUUUGGCGGCUCUCCCAGCAAAGCCAUCGGGGUGGGAUCACAGCCCACCACACUGGUGCCACUCAAGAACAUGGAGGACGCCCCUGAGCAGGCCCGCCUGGCCCUCCAGCUUCCCGAGCGCAGCGAGAAGGACAAGGGCAGUCGGUCAGAAAGUGUUCCUGGGGGCUGUUCAGAAGAUGCCUGUCAGAACGGAGGCACCUGUGUGCCAGGUGGCACUACCCACAGCUGUGACUGUGGGCCUGGCUUCAAAGGCAGGCGCUGUGAGCUCGCUUGUGAGAAGGUGCCCCGCCCCUGCACACGGCUGUUCUCGGAGACCAAGUCCUUUCCUGUCUGGGAAGGAGGCGUCUGCCAUUAUGUGUAUAAGCGAGUCUACAGAGUUCACCAGGACAUCUGCUUCAAAGAGCGCUGUGAAGGCACAAGCCUGGAGAAACCCCACACAGGAAACAAAGUAACAGUCAAACACUGAAGAAAUCUUAAGGUAGGUCCCCUCUCCCCUGCCUACCCUCCUUCCCAGCUGUGGAGAAGCAGGGGGGCUGGUCCCGGGCACUGCAGCCCUCAGCAGGCACCCCUAGAGCAAAACAGUUCAAAUCCAUCCAGGAAAGUUGGGGUCACCUGCUAGUCUCCCAGUAGACAUAACUGCAGCCCCCCCUCCCCCCACGGAAUCUGCCUCCAUGGGAGGGCAAUGUCACUCGCAGGAAAGAGGAGCAGCCACCACCACCACAGGGGCUCUCAGAGAGUCAGAGAGGCGAGGAUCCGCUGGCACCUUGAGGGGGAGGGGCUGGGCAGUGGGAAGACCUGGGAUGCUGAACAGAGUUCUAUUGGAAGGAAGGCAGCGCAGGCCUUAGGCCUCUGACAUCUGAAGAUGGCCUCUCACUUGAGUCACAGUGGAUGCCAGUCUAGGCAUCACACACCCCAAGGUGCAAGAAACCUUUCCUCUUUGAUCCAACACUUCCCUCCCCUCCCUCCUCCCUCCCAACCUUACCCACCCCCCCCCCACCCAGUGCUGGCUCUUAAAGGGCAAUGGUUUACCUUACAACAGUCUGAAAAAUACCAGGUGACCCCACAGAAAGCCAUGCGCAGAUGAACUCAGCUCUGCCUUGACCUCCCAUCGCCAUGUGUCACGGGGAGUGAAAGGCAGCGGGCCUGGACAGCUAAUGCUCUGCCCCCACGGGCCCUCGUGCAGUGGAGGAGGUGGACCUCGGACAGCAAGUCCUGCAAGGCAGGUCUUCCUUUUCUCCCCUGGCUGAGGACAUGAAGGAGAAAUGUCACCCAAAGACUAAGAACAACCAGAAGCAAAGGAGUUCUGGGCAUGUCUCCUACCAAGAUGUGUAGCUAACUAACAAGGCAAAGGGCUUCAGGUGGGCAAGCUCUCAAGGUGCCUCAGCAAGAGAGGUGUGCACCUGGCCAACCUCCAAUGAGAAACUGCAUGAAGAGAGCUGACAGCAGCCAGUUCCUACCCUUCUUGGGCCUCAGCCUCUAGGAACACUCAUGCAAAGGCUUGGGAACAACUCAAUCCUGGUAAGACCAAGAACCCAUCACUUGGGUUUAAAAUACCGAUAUAGCAAUAAGUCACCUGAAAAACUCAUCUUUUAAAACACACCCAGCAAAUCCAUUCCUAUAGAAACAAAUGAGAAACCCAACUGAUCAUUAAAUACCAGCUCACCAAACAUCUUAUCUCAAAACAAUGAGGCAAACACAAGACAAGACAAAAACACCCAUCCACAUACGACCCAAGGGCGCAGGAACUCCUCACUCCAGAGCGGCUUUGAGGUGGCAGGGUCCUCGCCACGUGCUGGAUGGUAGCCACCAGCAGCAGCCUCUGUCCUCGAAUUUAAAGUACCAGGCAGUGCUGAGCCCAAGUUCCAUUCAGGGGGGCAUGCAGGCCUCCACAGCUCUGAGCCCAGAUGUCCCUGAAGAUGAAGAGGGCGCAUGCUUGGGCCAAAGCAUCUCCACAGAGGUGCGCCCAGUUCCCUUCACUCCCUGCCCCUCCUCCACGUGGAUUCCGUGGGAAUUCUGUGGAUAUAAGAAUUCCGUCCUCUGGGAAAAGGUCCUGGAAAAAAACGCAGCUGCUUUAAAGAGGAUGCACCUGUCAUUCUCACACACCACUGCUUUCCCUCCAAAGGGUCUGGAAUUUGCUUGUUAUACUCCACCACCUCAAAAUAUCCAAAACCUAGGAAGAUGAGAGCUAAGAAUUGUAUUGAAAAGGACAUCAAGAGACAAGGUCCUCACUGCAAUCAGUCCUCUCUGCAACCUCUUCUCAGGCAGGAAAACAGAUUGUUGGGCCUGCAUACCUACCAGCCCACUUGGGGACCCUUCAGACCUGCGCACCUACCUACCAGCCCACCCACAGAUUCCUCCAGGAACUGUGCACCCACCAGCCCACCCACAGAUUCCUCCAGGACCCAUGCACCCACCAGCCCACCCACAGAUUCCUCCAGGAACUGUGCACCCACCAGCCCACCCACGGAUUCCUCCAGGAACUGUGCACCCACCAGCCCACCCACGGAUUCCUCCAGGAACUGUGCACCCACCAGCCCACCCACGGAUUCCUCCAGGAACUGUGCACCCACCAGCCCACCCACGGAUUCCUCUAGGACCCGUGCACCCACCAGCCUACCCACGGAUUCCUCCAGGAACUGUGCACCCACCAGCCCACCCACGGAUUCUUUCAGGACCUGUGUACCUACCAACCCACCCACAGAUUCCUCCAGGACCUGUACCUACCAGCCCACCCAUGAAUUCCUCCAGGACCUGCA